AAUACUGCUUUUGCCCAGCGUUUCUCAGGAGGGAAGACAGUUGGAGAGGCUUUGCUGCUAAGAAAUUUAUUUAAAUAUUGCUGGUCUGACCUGAAAACAAAUAUACAAAGAAAAGAAUUACUGACGCAGACAGAGGGAGCAUCCAUACAUGCCUAUGGUGGGAAGAGAGAAGUUAACUUCAUUGACUUAAGUGAGUAGGUGACAGGCACUCUGCAAAGAUGGCGGACGAGGAGGAAUAUGAUGAAGUUGUGGAGUACUAUAUUGAAGAGGAGGUCAUUGAAGAUGGUGAACCAGGCGAGGUGAUUACUGAGAUAACUGAAACGACAUACACCACUGGAUCCUCUCCCUAUACUGUAACUACAAAGCGUACUACAGAAACGUCAAGGCAUGGCACUGAAAGUGUAACACAUGUUCCGGAAACUAGGCACACUCCUUCUGAACCAAAAGCUUCCCCUCCUGUCAGGAAAAAGGUUGUUCGGAAAAAAGUGGACACAUCUAAGUUUCUGACACCUUACCUGGACCACAGUUCAAAAAUGCAAAAGCUCUUCAGCGAUAAAAAGUACAAAGAGAAGUUUGAAAAGCAGAAAGGAAAGCCAGUUGCCAUCACAACUGACACUCCGGAACAUCGAAGAAUCAAGAAAGUGCAAGACCAGCUGAGUGAAGUUAAGUAUCGCAUGGCUGGGGAUCAGACUAAAACUGAUUGUCAUGUUGAUGAGAAGGCAAGAGACAUUGAACAUGCAAAGAAGGUUUCACAGCAAGUUAGCAAAGUUUUAUAUAAACAGAACUGGGAAGACAAUAAGGAAAAAUACCUGCUUCCCCCUGAUGCACCAGAGUUUGUGCAGGCAAUAAAAAAUACAGCCUUGUUCAGUAAGAAACUCUACACUGAAGACUGGGAAGCUGACAAAGCGAUGUACUAUCCUUAUGACGACAGCCCAGAGCUACGGAGAGUGGCAAAAGCCCAGAAGUCCCUCAGCGAUAUUGUCUACAAAAAAGGGCAUGAUGAACGCAAAGCUAAAUACACUCCUCUGCCAGACCCCCCUGAUGUGGAGCUCGCCAAGAAAGUAACCAGACAGCUCAGUGCUCAUAACUAUCACGAAGACUAUAACAAGAAGAAGGGCCAAUGGAGUCAAACCCCAUGCUAUGAUGUUGCAAUUGCCAGGAUGAAUUCUGACAACUUGAACACGAGAAAAUACCAGGAAGAAUGGGAGAAUCAGAAAGACCAAAUCUACUUUAUGCAAACAGAAACACCAGAAUAUGCUGUUAAUAAGCGAGCUGGAGUUGCUGCCAGUAAGGUGAAAUACAAAGAAGAUUAUGAAAAAUCCAAAGCUGCUGCAGACUACAAUGUGCUUCCAGCUACAGAGAACCCUCUGCUGAGGCACUUAAAAGCUGCUGGAAAUCUUGUGAAUGAUAGAUUAUAUAAGGAAGCGUAUGAAAAGGCCAAAGGAAAAAGCAUCAACUACUGCGAGACUCCAAAAUAUCAGAUCGACAACGUUCUGAAAAACUUCAGUGAUGUUAAAUAUAAAGAGGGAUAUCAGAAUGUCCUGGGCCGGUACAUAGGCAGCCCUGAGGACCCAUAUCUCGAACACUGCAUGAAAGUGGAAUCUAUAAAGAGCGACAAAAACUACAAAGCAGACUAUGAAGAUGAAAAGGCAAAUUGCUACUUCCCACAGACCAUAACUCAGGAGUAUGAAGUCAUGAAGAAACUAGACCAGUGCAAAGAUCAUGCCUACAAAAAGCAUCCUGAUAAGAUCAAAUUUACACAAGUGCCAGACUCGCCUGUUUUGGUCCAAGCUCAGAUUAAUUCCAAGCAGCUGAGUGAUCUGAACUACAAAGCCAAACACGAGGCUGAGAAAUUCAGGUGUUCCAUACCUCCGGAUGCCCCCUUAUUCCUCCAGUCCAGGGUCAAUGCCUACAAUGCCAGUGAUAACUGGUAUAAGUAUGACUGGGAGCAAUCGAAAGCUAAGAAAUUUGACAUCAAGUUGGAUGCCAUUCCGAUUAUUGCUGCCAAAGCAAAGCAGAAAAUUGCAAGCGAUGUGGAGUAUAAGAAAGGAUAUGAGCAGAGCAAAGGGAAGCUAAUUGGAGCUUUGAGUAUUGAGGACGAUCCCAAAAUGCUGCUUUCUCGGAAAGUGACCCAACAGCAGAGCGAUCUGUUAUAUAAGGAAGCAUAUGAAAAGUCCAAAGGAAAAAGCAUCAACUACUGCGAGACUCCAAAAUACCAGAUCGACAACGUUCUGAAGAACUUCAGCGAUAUUAAAUAUAAAGAGGGAUCUCAGAAUAUCAUGGGCCGGUACAUAGGCUGCCCUGAAGACCCAUAUCUCGAACACUGCAUGAAAGUGGAAUCUAUAAAGAGUGAUAAAAACUACAAAGCAGACUAUGAAGAUGAAAAGGCAAGAUGCUACUUCCCACAGACCAUAACUCAGGAGUAUGAAGUCAUGAAGAAACUAGACCAGUGCAAAGAUCAUGCCUACAAAAAGCAUCCCGAUAAAAUCAAAUUUACACAAGUGCCAGAUUCGCCUGUUUUGGUCCAAGCACAGAUUAAUUCCAAGCAGCUGAGUGAUCUGAACUACAAAGCCAAACACGAGGCUGAGAAAUUCAGGUGUUCCAUACCUCCGGAUGCCCCCUUAUUCCUCCAGUCCAGGGUCAAUGCCUACAAUGCCAGUGAUAACUGGUAUAAGUAUGACUGGGAGCAAUCGAAAGCUAAGAAAUUUGACAUCAAGGUGGAUGCCAUUCCGAUUAUUGCUGCCAAAGCAAAGCAGAAAAUUGCAAGCGAUGUGGAGUAUAAGAAAGGAUAUGAGCAGAGCAAAGGGAAGCUAAUUGGAGCUUUGAGUAUUGAGGACGAUCCCAAAAUGAUGCUUUCUCGGAAAGCGACCCGUCAGCAGAGCGAUCUGUUAUAUAAGGAAGCAUAUGAAAAGUCCAAAGGAAAAAGCAUCAACUACUGCGAGACUCCGAAAUAUCAGCUGGACAACCUUCUGAAGAACUUCAGUGAAGUUAAAUACAAAGAGGGAUAUCAGAAUGUCCUGGGCCGGUACAUAGGCAGUUAUGAGGACCCAUAUCGAGAACACUGCAUGAAAAUUGAAGCCCUGAAGAGCGAUAAAAACUACAAAGCAGACUAUGAAGAUGAAAAGGCAAGAUGCUACUUCCCACAGACCAUUACUCAGGAGUAUGAAGCCAUAAAGAAACUAGACCAGUGCAAAGAUUAUACCUACAAAAAGCAUCCUGAUAAGAUCAAAUUUACACAAGUGGCAGACUCACCUGUUUUGGUCCAAGCACAGACUAAUUCCAAGCAGCUGAGUGAUUUGAACUACAAAGCCAAACAUGAGGCUGAAAAAUCCCAGUGUUCCAUACCUCCUGAUGCCCCGUUGUUUCUCCAGUCCAGAGUCAAUGCGUACAACAUCAGUGAUAAUUGGUAUAAAUAUGACUGGGAGCAAUCAAAAGCUAAGAAAUUCGACAUCAAGGUAGAUGCCAUUCCGAUUCUUGCUGCCAAAGCCAAACAAAAAAUUGCAAGUGAUGUGGAGUAUAAGAAAGGAUAUGAGCAGAGCAAAGGGAAGCUAAUUGGAGCAUUGAGUAUUGAGGACGAUCCCAAAAUGCUGCUUUCUCGGAAAGUGGCCAAACAACAGAGUGAUCUUGAAUACAAAAAGGGCUAUGAAGCAUCAAAGGCCAGAUACACAGCACCUCUGGACAUGGUUCCAAUUGUCCAAGCAAAGAAGGCGCAGGAGAUUAUCAGCAAUGCAGACUACAAGCAUAUCAUUCACAAUUACUCCUAUCCUCCUGACAGCAUUAAUGUGGAGCUUGCCAAGAAGGCAAAUCUUCUACAAAGUGAUAAUGAAUAUAAAGCUGACUACAACAGCUGGAUGAAAGGCUGUGGCUGGGUGCCAUAUGGGUCCUUGGACGCAGAAAAAGUUAAAAGAGCUUCAGAUAUUAUCAGUGAGAGAAAAUAUCGUCAGCAUCCAGACACUCUUAAAUUUACACAGAUUGAAGAUGAUCCUCUUGUAGUGCAGGCUAAAAUCAACCAAGCACAGAGGAGCGAUUACCAGUACAAAAAAGACUAUGAACGUUCCAAGGGUAAACUGGUUGGCUUCCGGAGCCUCCAGGAUGAUCCAAAGUUGGUCCAUUAUAUGAAUGUUGCCAAGAUGCAGUCAGAGCGGGAGUACAAGAAAGCCUAUGAGGACAGCAAGACCAAAUACAACACUCCAUUCGACAUGGUCAAUGUUGUAGCUGCCAAAAAGGCACAAGAAAUUGCCAGCAAUGCCAAUUACAAGAACUUGAUACACCAUUACACUUACUUGCCUGAUGCUAUGAGCGUGGAACUAUCCAAAAACAUGAUGAAUAUACAAAGUGAAAAUCUUUACAGGGAUGAUUAUAAUAACUGGAUGAAAGGCAUUGGGUGGAUCCCGAUUGGCUCACUGGAUGUAGAAACAGCUAGAAAAGCAGGCGAAGCUUUGAAUGAGAAAAAGUACCGCCAGCACCCAGACACCAUCAAAUUUACCAGUGUGGUAGAUUCACCUGUCAUGGUCCAGGCUAAGCAGAAUGCGCUUCAGCUCAGUGAUCGGCUGUACAAAUCUUCUGGAGAGGAAAUGAAGCAUACAUAUCACAUGCCUGCCGAUGCACCUCAGUUUAUCCAGGCUAGAUACAAUGCAGCUAACCUCAGUGAGGCCUAUUAUAAACAUGACUAUCAUGACCUAAUAUCCAAAGGGCAUAACGUUCUGGGUGAUGCGAUUCCAAUUAAACUUGCCAAGGCAUCAAGAAAUAUUGCUAGUGAUUACAAAUAUAAAGAAGCUUAUGAGAAGGCAAGAGGAAAACACGUUGGUUUCAGAAGCCUACAGGAUGAUCCUAAGCUUGUCCAUUCUAUGAAUGUGGCAAAGAUGCAGUCAGAACGUGAGUACAGGAAGGACUAUGAAAAGAGCAAGACUUGUUAUCACACACCUGUGGAGAUGGUCAGUAUCCAAGCUGCCAAGCAGGCUCAGGAUGUUGCCUCUAAUGCCAACUACAAACACCUGCUCCAUCAUUACACAUACCUGCCAGAUGCCAUGAAUGUUGAGCUGGCAAGGAACAUGAUGCAAAUCCAGAGUGAUAAUGUUUACAAACAAGACUAUAAUAGCUGGUUCAAAGGAAUUGGAUGGAGUCCUCUAGGUUCACUGGAUGUAGAAACAGUUAGAAAGGCAGGGGAAGCAUUGAAUGAAAAGAAAUAUCGGCAACACCCAGACACACUCAAGUUCACGAGUUUGAUCGAUUCAAUGCCAAUGACUUUGGCGCAGAAAAACACCAAACAGCUAAGUGAUAUAAACUAUAAGGUGGAAGGUGAGAAAGUUAAACACAAGUACCACUUGGAUCCAGAUGUUCCUCAAUUUAUACAAGCAAGAGUCAAUGCCUACAACCUAAGUGAUCAUGCUUAUAAAGCUGACUUGAAGAAACUGAUUGCCAAAGGAUAUGAUAUGAAGUCAGAUGCCAUUCCUAUAAUUGCUGCAAAAGCUUCACGAAACAUUGCCAGUGAUUACAAGUACAAAGAAUCAUAUGAGAAAGACAAAGGAAAGCAAGUUGGCUUCCGAAGCCUGCAAGAUGAUCCUAAAUUGGUCCAUUAUAUGAAUGUGGCCAAACUACAGUCAGAGCGUGAAUACAGGAAGGACUAUGAAAGCAGCAAAACAAAAUAUCACUCACCUCUGGACAUGUUCAGUGUGGUGGCUGCUAAGAAAGCCCAGGAUGUGGCUACUGAAAUGAAUUACAGACAGUAUCUUCAUAACUACACCCUUUUGCCUGAUGCCAUGAGCGUGGAAUUGUCAAGAAACAGGAUGCAGAUUCAAAGUGAUAAUCUUUACAAAACAGAUUUUAAUAACUGGCUGAAAGGAAUAGGCUGGGUGCCAAUUCAGUCUCUGGAAGUGGAGAAGGCAAAGAAGGCCACUGACAUUCUUAGUGAAAAGAAAUAUCGUCAGCACCCGGAUACGUUGAAAUACACCAUUGACAUGGAUGCCAUGGAGCAGGUGCUUGCCAAGCAAAACGCUCAUACCAUGAAUAAGAGACUGUAUGUUGAAAAAUGGAACAAAGAGAAGACUGACGUUCAUGUGAUGCCUGACACACCAGACAUACUCUUGUCUAAAGCCAAUCAAAUCACCAUGAGCGAUAAACUAUACAAGUCUGGCUGGGAAGAAGAGAAGAAGAAGGGUUAUGAUCUGAGGCCAGAUGCCAUCUCAAUAAAAGCAGCCAAAGCUUCCAGGGACAUUGCAAGUGAUUACAAAUACAAACUGGCCUUUGAGCAAGCAAAGGGAAAGCAUAUUGGUUUCCGUAGUCUGGAAGAUGACCCUAAGCUGGUGCACUUCAUGCAGGUUGCUAAGAUGCAAUCAGAACGUGAAUACAAGAAGGACUAUGAGAGUUCAAAGACCCGGUUCCACACACCAGUUGACAUGUUCAGUGUUGUGGCAGCCAAGAAAGCACAGGAAGUGGCAACUGAUGUUAAUUACAGGAAUAUUAUCCACAGUUACAAUGUUUUGCCUGAUGCUAUGAACCUUGAAUUGGCCAAAAACAUGAUGCAGAUUCAGAGUGAUAACCAGUACAAAGCAGACUACGAUGAAUUCAUGAAGGGGGUUGGAUGGAUGCCAUUAGGAUCUCUAGAGGCUGAGAAAAAUAAGAAAGCUAUGGAGAUUGUCAGUGAGAAGAACUACAGGCAGCAUCCAGACAAGCUAAAGUUUUCUAUUUUAAUGGAUUCUAUGCCCAUGGUCUUGGCUACAAAGAAUGCCAAAAUUAUGGAUGAGCGCUUGUAUACUGAAGCUUGGGAAAAAGACAAGACUACAAUCCAUGUGAUGCCAGACACUCCUGAAAUCAUGCUAGCAAAACUCAACAAAUUAAACUAUAGUGAAAAAUUGUACAAACUGGCUAUGGAGGAAUCAAAGAAGAAAGGCCACGAUCUACGUGUUGAUGCUAUCCCAAUUCAAGCUGCCAAAGCAUCCAGAAUUAUUGCCAGUGAUUACAAAUAUAAGGAAGGCUAUCGGAAGCAACUUGGACACCAUGUGGGAGCGCGUAGCAUAGAAGAUGACCCUAAACUUGUGCAUUCGAUGAAUGUAGCCAAGAUGCAGAGUGAGAGGGAAUAUAAGAAAGACUUUAUGAAAUGGAAGACCAAGUAUUCCAGUCCUGUGGACAUGCUGGGGAUCUUGCUGGCCAAGAACUGCCAGAAACUGGUCAGCGAUAUUGAUUACCGCAAUUACUUGCACCAGUGGACAUGCCUGCCAGAUCAGAAUGAUGUCAUCCAGGCUAAAAAGGCAUAUGAGUUACAAAGUGAUGUUGCUUACAAAUCUGAUCUGGAAUGGCUGAAAGGUAUUGGCUGGAUUCCUUCUGGCUCCAUGGAAGUUGAGAAGGUGAAGAGAGCUGGAGAAAUCCUAAGUGACAGGAAGUACCGGCAGCCACCUGAUCAAUUCAAGUUUACCAGCAUCACAGAUUCUUUAGCGAUGGAAUUGGCAAAGCAUAAUGCUGAGACAAUGAACAAGCGGUUAUACACUGAAGCCUGGGAUGCUGAUAAAACAUCAAUUCAUGUCAUGCCAGACACUCCAGAGAUUUUGCUGGCAAAGGCAAACUCAGCUAAUAUAAGCCGGUCACUUUAUAUCCAGGGAUGGGAAGAGACUAAGAAGAAAGGAUAUGACCUGAGAGCUGACGCAAUUCCAAUUAAGGCUGCAAAGGCAUCGAGGGAUAUAGCUAGUGAUUAUCAAUAUAAACUGGCAUAUGAGAAGCAGAGAGGGCACUGCAUUGGAUUCCAAAGUGUUGAAGACGAUCCCAAGAUGUUGUGUUCCAUAAAUGCAGCCAAGAUCCAGAGCGAUAGGUUGUACAAGCAAGACUUUGAGAAGUGGAAAACAAGGAUCCACUGCCCUGUUGACAUGCUGUCAAUCUUGCUGGCUAAGAAUUGUCAGAGCUUGGUCAGUGAUGUGGAUUAUCGCCGUCACUUGCAUGAAUGGACUUGCCUGCCAGACCAGAAUGAUAUCAUUCAUGCAAAGAAAGCAUACGACCUCCAGAGUGAUAAUGUGUACAAGUCAGACUUGGAAUGGCUACGUGGUAUUGGUUGGAUUCCAGAGGGUUCUUUGGAUGUCUUAAGAGUGAAGAAGGCCCAAGAGAUCCUGAAUGAGAGAUUCUACCGCCAGCGGCCAGAAACGCUGAAAUUCACCUCUGUUGUUGAUUCCCCAGAUAUUGUCUUGGCUAAGACCAAUGCUCUACAUCAGAGUGGGGUAUUAUAUCGUGAGCUCUGGGAUAAAGAAAAGACACAGUUCACACUUCCAGUGGAUACUCCUGAGAUCAUUCUGUCCAAAGUGAACUCUCUGAACGUCAGCAAAAAACAUUAUCAAUUAGGGUGGGAAGAAGCUAAGAGGAAAGGUCACGACUUAAGACUAGAUGCUAUUGAAAUCCAACAUGCCAAAGCUUCUAGAAACAUUGCCAGUGAGUACAAGUACAAAGAAGGCUACCGUAAGCAACUGGGACAUCACGUGGGAUGCCGUGACAUCUAUGAUGACCCCAAGAUGGUACUGGCUAUGCACGUAGCCAAGCUGCAGAGUGAGAGGGAGUACAAGAAGCAUUUUGAGAAGUAUAAGACCAAGUUCAAUAGCCCAGUGGACAUGCUGUCCAUCUUGUUGGCCAAGAACUGUCAGAAACUGGUUAGCGACAUUGAUUACCACCACUACCUGCAUGAAUGGACCUGUCUCCCAGAUCAGAAUGAUGUCAUCCAAGCCAAGAAAGCAUACGAGCUACAGAGUGAUAAUCUGUACAAAUCAGACUUGGAAUGGUUGCGUGGCAUUGGCUGGAUGCCCGAAGGCUCUGUGGGAGUGGUCCAUGCGAAAAAUGCUCAAGACCUUAUCAAUGAAAGAUUGUACAAGCAACCACCAGAUGCACUGAAGUUCACCAGUAUUGCUGAUCCACCACCAGUCAUCCUGGCUAAGACCAACAGCCAGCAGAUCAGUGAUCGCCUGUAUCGUGAAGCCUGGGACAAAGACAAGAUUCAGAUCAGUAUUCCAGUGGACACCCCUGUCAUGUUGCAAUCUAAGAUUAAUGCUCUGAACAUAAGCAAUAAACAUUAUACUGGAGCCUGGGAUGAGGCAAAGGCUAAAGGUUAUGAUAUUAGGGCUGAUGCAAUUCCAAUCAAACACGCAAGAGCCUCUCGGGAUAUUGCGAGUGAGUACAAGUACAAAGAAACCCACGAGAAACAGAAAGGCCAC